UUUAUCAAGUCAUGAUGUGUUAUGAAACCGAGUCCAACCCAAUUUGAUACAAUAGAUUAUGAAACCACAAAAACCAAAGGAGCUGUUAAGAGCAUAUUAGAGAACCAAUUAUGUAUGUUUUGUGCCCAGUAUCUCUUGGAGUCUGGAGAUGAUCUUUGGCCGAGAACAAAUAUGAUAAAUCUAGAAAAAUAAAUUAUUAAUGGCAUUGAAUUGCGUACAAGUGAAAAGUCAACGUUACGAGCUGUUAUGAUGGUUCAGUAGCUUUCCAUUGAUGAAUCAAGUUCAUCUUCCCUCUCAAUGCCGCACUGUCCUUGCUUUAAGCCCGCUUCUCCGGAGGCCUCUCUCGGCGACGGACCUAAUCCACAUCCUUCCACAGAAGGUGUGGCCUCCUCCACUUUUAACCUCAGCCGCGAGUUGGCUCACGCUUUUCAAACUCCUUCCAACAACGACAGACGUUCACGGCUUCUUGAGAUUGACCCAACUCCAGAAAAUCUCGAGCUGUUUCUCUCUCAAGAGCUCAAACCAAACAAAGAAAGAGUUCAAGAAGCUCUUAGAGACGCCAAGCAAACUACACUCACCCAACUCGUCUCUACUUACUUCCAACACAGCGAAAACGCUACCCGCUUUUGCUUGAACCUUUACCAGAACGUCCACAGUGCCCGCUUCCACCUCUACACACCUCUCUUAGAACUCUUCCGCGGUGACCCUGCCAUUGACGAGUCCUUCUGUAACUUAGCCUUCGAUGUUUUUCUUAAGCUCGACACGUUUGAAAACCCUUUCUCAUCUCCUGAAUCUCUCAGCUUUCGAGACACCAAAUUAUGCAUUAACCAGCUGAAGGACAAGCUGGACACCCGUCUCCGUAAGUCUAAGUCACGGGUCCGCCACCUCCACUAUGCCACAGCUGGUUCUGCCUUAUGUUUUGUUACUGCCGUUGUUGCGGUUGCUGCUUCUGCGGCUGUCAUCGCCUAUCAUGCAUUUCCCACCCUUGUUGUUGUUGCAGGUCCCUUGUGCACUCCCUACCUCCCUCACAGUUUCAAGAAGAAGGAGUUAACUAACAUCUCUCAGCUCAAUGCUGCUGCCAAGGGUACUUUUGUGCUUAACAUAGAUCUUGACACCAUUGACUGUCUUGUCUCUCGUUUGCACAUGGGGAUCAAAAACGACAAGCUUCUCAUUCGGCUUGGAUUGGAGAGGGGGAGGGACAUGUAUUCAAUUCAGGAGUUUGUGAAACAGCUUCGCAAGAGCCACGUUAACCAGACCCAUCAACUCGAUGUUCUUGUGGCUCAUAUUUGCCGCUGGUUCAGUAAUGUUAACAAAUUCAGAUCUUUGCUCCUCAACGAAAUCCUUACUCCCAGAACCUAAGCUCCUAAGGCUCUUUGUUUCAGGAUUUUCUCAUUUAGAGAACAAAUUACUACCAUCUCUGAGUCAAUCAAAUCAAGAUCACAAAGGUCAGUGGUUUUUUUAGCGUCAGUUGUUUUUUGAGUGUAUGUAGAUGUUGAGACUUUUUGGGUCCUUCAAUAAAAUUGUUCAUAGACUUGCCUGACUUAAUCAGUAAGUUCGAUAUUAGAUGUUGUAUUGGUUCAUAUCAUCAUAUUGAAUAAUUCUUUUGGUAAAUUCAUAAGUUUUCACUUCAAAUAGCUGUUUCACAAAGUGUAUAUGUUUGAAGACUAAAAUCAAGUCAUGAAGAAAUUUGAAACCAAGUCAUACCCAAUUUUACUCGAUCGAGAACAGGUAGUGUCAUCUUUGAGAAAAAAAGCCAAAUUGUGUCACUCAAUACAAACCUUCACACGACAA